AUGCCACCCCCAACAAGCCACCAAAUCCCCCACUCCCUCCCCCUCACCCUCAUCGUCGCCACAACCCCAAUCCGCGUCGCGUCUUCAACACCUAAUGAUUCCCCCACCCGCCUCGGAAUCGGUCUCAAGGGAACCCUCCCCUGGCCACGCAUCAAAACAGACAUGUCCUUCUUUGCGCGCGCAACCUCCCGCGCCCCGGUCCCGGGUACCACGAACGCAAUCAUCAUGGGUCGCAAGACGUACGACUCUGUUCCCAAGAACCUCCGCCCGCUGGGGAAGCGGAUUAGCGUCGUUGUAACCCGUGAUACGACCGGUGUUGUGCGGGAGGGAGUGUUGAAGGAGCUUGAGGCGCGGAGGGCGAAGAUGGCGGAGACUGCUAGAGCCAAGGCCGAGGCUGAAGGGAAGGAGGCUGUGGCCAGUGCUUCUGAAGAGCCUAUCACCGAUGCAUUGGUGACACAGAGUCUAGAUGCUGCCCUGUCAGAGCUGGACGCUGUGUAUGGUGCUUCUGGUCGGUUGGGCAAGAUUUAUGUUAUCGGGGGUGCGGAGAUUUACGGUGCCGCGCUGCGGAUGAAGAUGCCUGUCGGUGAGAAGGAAUUCAGGAGGCCUGUCAGACUUGUUAUGACGAACGUUAUGCGGAAGGUUGGGGAUGAUGGUGUGGCCAAGGAGUUUGAGUGUGAUACUUUCUUCCCCGUGGAAGGAUUGGGUGUUGAGGAUGGUUGGCGGACUGCCAGUGCAGAGGAGGUUUCUGAGUGGGUUGGGGAGACGGUUACUGGGGAGUGGAUUCAGGAUGGAGAGGUGGAGGUGCAGAUGGUUGGGUAUGAGAGGUUGGACUGA